UCCUGUGUGUAUUUUCCGAAACAAAAUGGGAAGGAAAAAGAAGAAGCAGUUGAAGCCCUGGUGUUGGUACUGCAACAGGGAGUUUGAUGAUGAAAAGAUCCUGAUUCAGCAUCAGAAAGCAAAACACUUCAAAUGUCACAUAUGUCACAAGAAAUUGUACACUGGACCUGGUUUGUCUAUACAUUGUAUGCAGGUUCACAAGGACAAAAUUGACAAGAUACCAAAUGCUUUACCAGGAAGAAAUAAUGUUGAAAUUGAAAUAUAUGGCAUGGAAGGUAUUCCGGAUGGAGAUAUUAAGGACCAUGAGAAACAAAAACAGGAACCACCCAGUAAAAGAAUGAGAGAGGACAAUGAGGAUGAUGAUGACGAUGAAGAUGACAGCAAUCAAGGAAAUAAUAAUCAAUAUAACAAUUAUGGUAUGCCUCCCCCAAUGGGGCCAGGCAUGCCUCCAUUUGGCAUGCCACCUGGUAUGCCACCUAUGCCACCAGGACCAAUGGGUCCAAUGGGACCAAUGGGUCCUAUGGGGCCUAUGGGACCCAUGCCACCAAUGGGUCCUAUGGGUCCAAUGGGGAUGCCCCCAGGGAUGCCACCAAUGCCCCCCAGGAAUUUCAUGCCGGGUAAUGGCCCGCCACCACCCAUGCAGCCACCUAUGUCAUCAUCUGCACCUUCAAAGCCUUUAUUUCCUGCUGCAGCUCAGUCAUCUAUAGCCUCAUCAUCAUCGGGCCAGUCCUACAAGUCAUCAGCAAUCAACAGUCAAGCGAAGCCAACAUUCCCCGCCGCAGCAGCUACAAACACCACCUCUUCUUCUCCAUCAAGGGCAACAAUUACUGGUGCGCCACAGAUAAAGAAACCAGAGUCUAGCUCAGGUUUGACCUCUAAACUCAUGCACCCUGAUGAGGAUAUCUCCUUGGAGGAAAGGAGAGCCACAUUACCAAAAUACAAGCAAAUGCUAUCAGCUGGAGGUAUGAGGGGAGGAUCUGCUGGAAUGGGAGGCAUGAACGAGAACCAGUGGGGAGGAUUUAGACCACAGAUACAACAGGGAAGUCACUACUGAGAUUGCCUACAUACUACAGUGCCACUUAGAUCACUCUCAUCCUCCAUCAUAGCUGUGUGCUUCAACCCACUUUCAGUUCUGUCCAGAUGGCAGCUGUUCAGUUAAGUUAAUCAGAAGUCAUUAUGUGGACAGGAAUGCAUGAUCUUAACAUUCACAUCUGUUAAAUUUAAAGUUAAAUUAUGAGAUGUGUUUUCUGUUGAACAAUAUUUUGUAGAUAAAGAGCCCUUUGGGUGUAUGGCUGGUCUUGUGUGCUUUAAGUGGAAGGUAAGACUUAGCCAGGUUAAUACAGAACUGUUUUAAAUUUGAAUAAAAAUGAAGGAUCAUAGAACACUUUGGGGUUGACCAGAUGCUGGUAAGUGUUAUGAUCAGUUUGUAUAUGAAUUAAUUUCUGAAAUAAGUUGUAUAGCUUGUGGAUAAUUGAUCUUAAGAAAUGUUGUCAGAUAGCAUGAAGAAUUGUAAUUUUUAUCAAUAAAACUAUCAAGUCAUUGUACAACACACAAUAUUCAUGAAUUUCUUAUUUAUGUUUUUGGUGGACCUUGUUUGUAUUUCAUUAAAUCAGGAUAUUAUUUCAGAUAAAUAUGUUCAUGAUUGUAGGUGAAUUUGUUCAUGCUUAAAACAAUUAUUUUAGUAUAAGGUCUUGAUGCAAUAUUUGCAUUGUUAAAGUCACAAUCAGAGCUGUUUACUUUUAUGUAUUAGAAAGAAUUGUCAAUAUCCUUGUAUAGCUGAGACGUCAGUGCCUUGAUUAACAGCCAAGAACUGAGCCGUCUGAAUUUUUAUAAAAAGGCUUGUGGACAUUAAUGCAUGGAUGAAGUCAGUUGAACUUGAUUGCCUGUUCUCUAUGAAACUAUUACACUGAUGACUGAAAAUACGAUUGAAGUAAAAUAAUGUUCAUGCAAGCAGCUGGAUCUCCUUUUAUAUUUGAUCAAUAUUAUGUUUUGUGAAAAUGAUAAGCAAAAAAUUAGGAUGUUUUCUGUAAGAUUGGUACAGUUGAGCUGACUUUAUUUGGUGUACCAGAAAGCAAGGCAAGUGAUGUAAAACUCAUUGAUAAUUUACUUUGAAUUACUGUUUAUACCAUUGUCAGUGUUACAAAGCUGGUUAACCACAUACAUACCAUCAACUCCAGCAGGCAAGUGAAUAAUGUCACAGUGCAAGAGAUAAUCUUCACUGUUGGGCAGUCCAGCCCCCAACUUCAGUUGGCGAUAUUUCUUACUUUUGUUUCGGGUUCUAUGACGAUAGGUCGGAUGUGACCGUGAUCAAGGCAAGUUGUCACAGCAAGUAUUCUUGUUGUUGGGCCUAGUUGCCCCCAACAUUCUGUUGGUGACUACCUGUGUUUUUGUCGGAGUACUCUGGACACAACCACUGAAGAUUAAAACAAACAUGUACAGAAUCCAGAAAAUGUGGGAUACACUGUUUUACAGUGAUUAUGAAUGAACUUAUUUGUUUACCAAAAAUCUGUGUCCAGGGUAAGCUUUUGAAUAUGAAGGUCAUUAGACUCGGGUUGCAGGGAACAAUGAUCAAGGCAAGUGGUCACAGCAACUAAGCUUGCUGUUGGGUCCGAGUACCCCCAACUUAACCUGUUGGUGACUGAAAGCUCGCGAUUAGUUAUUAGUGGUCACAGCGAGACAAGCUGUUGGGCUAAGGCCCCCAACAUGGUGUUGGUGACUGCUUUCAGUUAUUUAUAUUCUUUACAUGUGUUGUUUAUUGGUCACAGCAAGUAGACUUGCUGUUGGGUUUUGUGCCCCCAACAAUGUUGGUGACUAGAUUGUUGACAAAAUGGUUUUGUUUUUCACUGUUGCAUGGCUUCUGUAAAAUUGUGCUUGCGUGAAUAUUUCAUGACUCCAGUUUUACAGGCAUUGGUGGUAUUAACGUUUAACUUUGAUUAUAACCAGAUGUGGGAUAGAUCAUUCUUUUUUCUGAUUUGAGUAAGACUUUUGAAAAAGUAUUUCAUUAGCAUAUUAUUUUGUAAGAAAACCUUUAAAAUGUUAAUGGAAGAUAUGAGCAAUGGAGAUCUGCAUUACUGUCUUGUGCAUUGCUAUAUGAUAAUGUCAUUAUUUUCUCUGUGCAGCCAAGAAGCAGACAAGGUCUAGGGUGUUUAUCCGGACUGGUGAGCUCUUCACCGGUAGGUACACCAUAAACUGCCAACUAGCACAUUGUUCACUGGGUCAAGUUUUUGUCUCGUUCUAGAAUUGCAAAAUGUUAUUACUUUGAUGCAGUGUCAGAUAUCUUGAAUCAGGAUAUUUACGGAGUUUUGCAACUGUUUCUGAAGGAGAAAUAAGCAGAUUGUAGAGCAGUAUCACAGGGAAAGCAAAAAAUACUAGCAAUUUCAACAGAAUGCAAAUGUGUGUUUUAUUAACUGUCGUGCUUCUAUACUCAGUAUUCAUCUUAAGAUAUCAAUACAGAUAAGAUUAUAGAGAAAAACAAAUGCUACUCAUUCUAAUUUUCAGUUUAUUUUGGAAAUUCAAUGAUAUUGAUAUUUAAGACACUUGUAGUUUCCUGUUGGCUUUUUUGAGGCUCCAGAUUGUAGUAGAAUAUGCAAGAUAUAUAGAGAACCUGAUAUAGAUAACCCAAAACCUACCACAAGGACUAAUUUUCUAUUGAGAAUUUUAACUUCAUCUCAACACAGUGAUGGUGUGCCAAUUUUGUCCAGAUUCAUUCAGUAAUUGGAACACUGAUCAUCUCCAAUCAAUCAAGAUUAGAAGGUAAGGGCUCCACAAGUACAUAGACGUAAAAGUUUAUACAGAUUUGACAUCAUGUUGCUUUGCUAUGUAUUUGAGAUAUACUUAACCAUUGCAUAUUUUAUGGGGAAAAAACUGUUGCAUCUUAUCAAGAAGACCCUGGACUUUUUGGUAAUCUUGGAAUGUCAGUAAGACAGAAAAAAGACUGUUUGGAGGAGACAACUGAUGUGAAGGGUUCAUGUGCUAUUGGAGAUUAUAUUUACAUGCUGUAAAUGUGGUACAGACAUUGAAGAAAAAUGCAUAUUUUGCCGAAACAUUCAUAGUGAAUGUUUUUAUAUGUUUAAGUUUACAACAGGUUUUCGUUAUGGGAUCCAUACCUGAUGUACUUCUCAGCACUAAUAGAUAAAUAAUAUAGCUGAAACUGGUGAUGUAGCUGUUAAUUUCCAAAUGAAAUGAUAAAAUACAAUUGAGCAAAUUAUUUUAGCAGGGCAUUUUAAAAUAGAUUGUAAAUCAAUAUUGAUCUUUUUAAAGGGUAUUUGUACAUAUGAAUAAAUUUUUAUGAAAUUUU